CACAAUGAAAGACAACAUACAAACUACAAACUUACACAACUACAACCUACACUCAUUUUCAACACAUUCAAGCAUGGACCUUACGAAAAUUAUUAUUAUCUUCCCUCUCCUUGUUUCAUUCACGUCCGCCACCAGUGUCAUUGAUUUUUGUGUGGCAGACUUCAACUUUCCUGUUACACCGGCAGGAUAUCCUUGUAGGAAUCCUGCUAACCUCACAGCGGAUGACUUUGUUUAUUCAGGCUUGGGUGUCCCUGGUAACCCAUUAGUCAACAAUUUCGAUUUUGUUGGGGCAUUAGCAAUCGACCUUACUUUCCCUGCCUUGAACGGUUUAGGCCUUUCAUUGGGACGGUUAGAUAUAGGAGUGGGUGGAGCUGUUCCGAUCCACUCACACAGAGUGUCGGAAAUUAUCUUGAUGAUUGAAGGAACGAUAAUUGCUGGGUUUAUAGACUCAAAUAACACCGCGUACUAUAAAACGUUGAACAAGGGAGAUGUUAUGAUCUUCCCACACACUUUACUUCACUUCCAAGUUAACGUGGGCGAUGCUCCUGCUCUUGCAUUCGUUAGCUUAAACAGCGCGAAUCCUGGUUUCCAAUUUACUACCACUUCUAUAGGAGCAAAUGACCUACCAACUGAAAUAAUUCAAAGGAUCACUUUGUUUGAUGCUGCACAGGUGCAGAAGCUCAAGGGACUCUUUGGUGGCACUAAUUAAAAAUAUAUUUCUAUUUUAAUAUCAUUUCAUCUUGGAUACCUUUCUAUGCCGUACUACGUAGCAUGCAAUAAUUUAUAAUAAUGUAUGUUUUAUUAUUGUAUAAUGGAAUAACACGUACGAUUUCUGUGAUAAUCGUACUACUUGUAUUUGUACCUCGUCAAUAUAUAAAAUACAUCGUUAUAUUUUGUAAUAUGAAUA